UUUACAGGAAACCAGAUCUGUUAUAUGAAACAUGUCGGGUGUGUCAGAGGUUUGAAACGAAAGUAAAACUAUUAGACGCUGUACUAUUCACGAUUUGCGCGUCUGUUCACUUUAAAGGAAUCAUUGGGGCUAAAAAUCAGUACGUGUCUGCUCGAUUCUAACUCAGCUGUAUAAUGGAGUCUUAUCGGAGGCCUUACAGAUACCAAGAAGCAAGAAGUAAUGUACAGGAAGGAGCUGCUGGAAAGCGUUACAAUGGCUUGAGAAAUCAAGGUGCAACCUGCUACCUGAACUCUGUACUGCAGUGUCUCUACAUGACCGAGGACUUCCGAAAAGAAGUAGAAAAAUUUGUACCAAAUCAGAUAAACUCUGAUGAGGAACGUUUGGUGCAAGAAUUGCAGAAGCUCUUUGAAGGGAUGAAAGAACGUGAUUGUACGACUGAAGGGAUAACUCGAUGUUUGGGUAUCACCAAGGUCUAUGUACAGGAGGAUGUAGUAGAAUACUAUCAGAAAACUUUAAAAGCAAUUGGGCCACAACUUUCCAAGGUAUUUGAAGGGAAAAUGAGCAACAAAACCAAAUGUCUAAAUGAUCACAUAUGUGAAGAGGAGUGUCGCUUUUUCACCAUCCCUUUAGCCAUAGAAGCUGGAAACAGUGAGGUCUUCGAUGUGGUCAAAGGAUUAAACACUUUUUUUGAACCAGUAAUGUUAGAUGAAGACAACUGGCUAUACUGUAAAGACUGUGGACAAAAAAAUGAAACAUGGACUUGGAAUGAAAUUGAGGAGUUUCCUACUAUCCUGACUCUGUACCCAAAGAGGUUUUACUUUGACUACUACACGAUGAGGCAUGUGAAGAAUCACUGUCCUAUGGACAUUCCUCUGCACUUGCUGAUAAGAAAUAAUGAAUAUGAGCUUUAUGCAGUUAUUAACCACACGGAAAGUGAAUAUGGAGGGCACUACAAUGCUGUCAUCAAAUCCUUUGAAGAUGACAAGUGGUACUGUUUUGAUGACUCUUCAGUCUCAUUAGUCCUAAGGGAUCCACCAAACGACAGCAUCAAUUUACAGAAGGCCUAUUUGCUCAUGUACAGAAUGAAAUAUUCUCAGAAGGAGAAGCGACGAUUGCAGCAAAGGAAGGAGCUUUUAAAAACUACUUUUUACGACAGGCACUGUUCUGAUGACCCAAAGGAUGCAAAGGACUCUUUCCAAAAUUCACAAAAAUGGCAUGACAAUGUGACAUCCUCAAGCGAGCGAGGACACAGAGAAACAUCUUCAAGCAAGCGAGGACACAGAGCAACAUCCUCGGGUGAGCAAGAGCACAAAGCUACAUCAUUGGGCGAUGGUGGGUGCAGUGAGCGAGAACACAGAGCAUCACACUCGGAUGAGCAUCACUGCACCUCCUCAGAUGAGCAUGGGUGUGGAGCAGCGUCCUCAGCUGAGUGUUUACAAACACGGCUAGACAGCGUGACAUCCUCCAUAGACCCAUGGCGGAAAGCUUCAGAAGGCUUAUGUUGUGGAGCGGAGUCUUCAGCAGAACAAGGAGAAAUGGAUGGGCAGCACCCCAGUGUGAAAUCUACCUAUUCCAAGGAACACAAUAAGACUCUGGAAAACUUGAAGCAAGACAGUCAUACCUUUAAGAGCAGAAGCCAGGGGUCUGGGAUCUUCAGUGCAGAUGAGCACAAGCAGUCUGCGAGCACUUAUAACAAUGGCACACAGUAUUACAACAACCUGCACAUGACAACGGAACAAGGAGAGCAGAAUAAUUCUGUGUGUAACAACUACGUCGCUCAAAAUAUGAGCCGGAGUCUUGAGAGAUAUGAAUCAAAUAUCAGCUGUUGCGGUCAGCCAGUUGACACCGAGCCCCUGAAGGACUUUGCCCAGGAGACCACUGACCAAUUGGUGUGCUGUGAAGCGGAGCCUGAUAAGCCAGUGAAUGCUGAGCUCUGUAAUCCCGUGGUGGUAUAUGAGUGUGGGAUAGAGUAUGUAAAUUUUGAAGAAAGCCUAAAGGAGGCCUGGCAGGCUGUGUUUGACAAGGUUAAGUGGAAUCUGCAGAAAGUGAAUGAGCUGUUGCAGGCUCAUAGACAGAGGUAUGACUGUCUCAUUCAGUGGCUUGCUGAUGCCAGGCAAAGGCAGAAAAUGAUCCAAGCCAAACCCAUCAUUGAUAACAAAGUGCCAAAUGAACAGCUGGCCCAGGGGAAGGAACUCCUCGAGGAGAUUAAAAACAAAGAAGACAAUGUGAACAAAUGUGUGAACUACGCUAUUGACUGCAUUGAUACAAUAAAGGGUCAUGAAUGUCAACUGGAAAUAUGCAAAGCAUCACUGAAGCCUUUCAGAUCCAUCAAGGUGGAGUCUGUUUCAGACAUCAUUAUGCAAGAGAUUGACAAUCUCAAAACGUGCUACAAUGAGGUGUUGAUGCUGACAAUUAGACAAUUAUACAACAAGACAGAGUCAAGGCAGAAGGAUUGAAAGCUGUACAACAGACUACUUCAAGAAAUGCAAGCUAAAGCCUUUUAAAUGGUCCUCACAGUUCCCUAACUUGUAUUAUGGAAAAUCUCUGUGUUAAGCUUUACUGAGUUAAGAUUUUAGUCUGUCGAUAAACUUACUGUUUAUAUGUCAAGUGGAAUGAUAAAAUUGUCCAGGUCGGAAAGGGCAAAGUGCUUUAACUUGCCCACAAUGCCUACUGUUGGCCUCUUGUCUACUUCACAGGCGGAUUCAUUGUGUUUGACAUGUGUAAUGAUUUUCCCAUUUUGUUAUAACACAUAGGUGAUUGUUUGAAUAAAAUAAUCAGUAUUUCCUACAAAUUCCAUGUUUAAAAAAAUGUUUCCAUAGCAUUAACUGCAAUAUUGAUCUAAAAAUCUUAAUGUCUGUGUAUGAUUGAAAUAUCUUACAUUUUAUAAGCUGGCAUUUUGUGUGUUUGCUUGCUCAGGUUACAAUUCUACAUGAUUUUAGCCCCGAUUUCCCAGUCUCGAAUUUUGCCUGGCUUGACAACUGUAAUAAAAACAAUCAUGAUGUUUUUUUUAUUCGGAGAACCGUAUACAAAUGCCUACUUUUUUGUACUAUAUCUCCAGUUCUCUUAACAUUACAGACAGUCCUAACUGCUUGCAUC